UUUACAAGAGGCAUGGCGAACUUGAACCAUGCCGAAGACGACCGAAACCACGUGAAAAUGCCCGGCGAACUACCCGCUGCUGGCUCGCCGGUCAACCCGAAUCAAGGGUCCCGUGCUCCGGGUGGGACUGCGGGCACCAUCCCCUCAUUCGCCGCCGCCUCGGAGCUGCUGUCUGCUCCGUACUCCUGCCUGGUGCUGAACACGCACCGCAGGCACGUAGCGCUGCCUCCCGUCUAUCUGAACAAGAAAAGGACGGGGAUACAGGAGGAGCUGGACGCCGAGCUGCUCAAGUUUUCCCAGAGUCUCCAUGGAGUUCCUUUAGCAUAUGACAACAUCCGGAUCGUGACCCAACAUGGAGACAUUUACGACGACAGCGGCUACAUCCACAUGAACAUUGAGGCCAACUUUAUUGUGUUCCAGCCCAAAAAAGGACAGAAACUCUUGGGAAAGGUGAAUAAACUUGGAGUAAGUCACGUGGGCUGCCUCGUACACGGCUGCUUCAACGCCAGCAUCCCCAAACCAAAUCUAGUCUCCGUGGAAACCUGGAGGGAUAGCGGGCCGAGGAUCGGGACGGAGCUGGAGUUCAAGGUGACGACGCUGGAUGCCGACACCGCAGGGGUGCUGCUGAUCAGGGGACAGCUGGACAGAACCAGGGUGCAGGAGCUGAUGGCUAUGAGCGAGAACGUGGAGUCAAGCGUUCCUGCUGGCCAGGAAGAGCCGCAGGAAGCAGAGCCGGCCCCGGAACCGCAGGAAGCAGAGCCGGCCCCGGAACCACAGGAAGCAGAGCCGGAGCCGACCCACGACGGCACGCCCAAGAAGAAGAAGAAAAAGAAGAAGGAGAAGGAAAAAAUCAAAGAGGAGGAGACAGAGGAACAGAUAACAAAAACACCACACUGUCUUAACGGAUCCACGGAGCAGACAAACAGUUCGGACACUCCAGAAAAGAAAAAGAAAAAGGAGAAACACAUGAAAGAAGAGGAGGAGCAGAUGGCGGUUUCAGCCAUGGAGAACCAUCGUGGCUUCGGUGUCAAACUGAGCAAGAAAAGGAAGCUUGAAAGUGGGACAGAUGCACCAUCAGGGGACGAUGUAACCCCGAAAAAAUCCAAGAAGAAGAAGAAAAAGAGUGACGUUUAGUAGUAAAUUGCAGACUCCAGAGGUGACUUUAACAUGAACUCUAUUUUUAAACGUUUAAAUUAAGUCCUGCAGAAAAAAAAAGACCAAUGGUGUCUCUUCUCAGUGAUUUGUAGUUCCACUACAUUGCCUGAUGGUGGAGCAAAACCACCAUAGAUGAACACACUGGCAGGCAACAAUCGGGGUGAAAACUUCUCAAUUCUGACAUGAAAGUCAACUCAUUUUCCUCCUGUGCCUUUUUAAGACUUCUUCCUUACAGACAGACUGCUUUGACGAAAGCUCCACUAAAAAUGAGUGCUUUUUAAGGAUCAUGCUUACAAUCCAUGCAGCACAGUCACAAUGAAGCCAGAGAAUGCUUUUCUCUAGAGUGUGUUUUUAUCUUGAGAGAGAACUGCAGAAAUUUAAAAUAAAUAUCUGAUUCUCAUA